CGAUCCCUACGACAGACUAUGGGGUGUUGGAGUUUAUGCGAAUGGGUCGAUCCCCGUUACGGGUGAAGCCGUCUUCAGUGAUUUGCCAUCGCCGUUUGAUCGUCCGCCGGUUGCGGUGGUCAAGAAUGCAAUCACUGCAAAAUCCCCAAAUGGAAGCAUAGAAUUAUUGAUGGAAUUUCCUUCAUAUGAAAUCAAAGUCUACAUAAACUGGUACUUCUCCGAGCUGACUCAGCUCGGAGCAGGCCAGAAUCGAUCGUUCAGCAUUUUCAAGGAUAACAAGUCCUACUAUGGACCGAUCUCCCCUCCUUAUGGAGACUGUGUUGAGUUGGUUGUGAGAGACAUUGUUGUUUCCUCGAACACCACGUUCUCACUUGUGCCGACCAAUGUCUCGACGCUCCCACCUCUCAUUAAUGCUAUGGAGAUUUUCCGAAUCGCAGACGACAUGUUAACCAAUGGCACCAACAAGAAAGAUGUUGAAGGCUUAGCUUCACUGCAAGAAAGAUUCAGUGUGUUACAAAGUUGGAGCGGCGAUCCUUGUCUGCCUGCACCUUAUACAUGGGAUUGGAUCAAAUGCAAUCUCGAACCUAUUCCACGAGUAACAUCACUGCUUCUCAAUGGCUACAAUCUGUCUGGGUUGCUUCCGGAUUUCAGCUCCAUGGAUGCUCUUCAAACAAUGUGAUUCUUACACAUUUACAGCUCCUAAUCAAUUUAUAGAUCAUAUAUUAUCUUCUCUUGAAAUAGAAUUAAUAAUGUUGUUCGAUUUGCAAAAAACUUAACAACAACAGCUUGCGAGGGCCUAUACCCGAUUUUCUUGGGACUUUACCCAACCUCAAAAUAUUGAAUCUUGGCAAUAAUCAGUUCAAUGGUACCGUACCAGCCUCCUUGUCUACAAAAAAGGGCCUAAUUUUAACGGUAUCUGGGAAUCCUGGGCUGUGUACAUCAAAUACGACGUGCCGCGUAUCAGCAACUGCUCCAACGCAGGUGAACUCAUCAAUCAAGAAGAAGAAGAAGAACAUUCUAGAGUUACUGUUUAUCGCCAUGAUUGCGUCUAUGAUCAUGUUAUAAUCAAGAGAAAAUUUGUUUAUAUAUACACGAAAGAUUUAC